AUGGCUGCUUCUAAGGUUUCGCUAUGGUCCUGUGUAUUCCUCUUCUCUCUAGUUGUAGCGCUUUCUGCUGGAGAGGAUGAAUCAAAGGAGUACGUGCUGACUCUAGAUCACUCCAAUUUUACUGAAACCGUUUCCAAGCACGAUCUCAUCGUUGUCGAAUUCUACGCUCCUUGGUGUGGGCACUGUAAGAAGCUUGCUCCAGAGUAUGAGAAAGCUGCUUCUGUACUGAGCAGUAACGAUCCUCAAGUUAUUCUUGCGAAAGUUGAUGCGAAUGAGGAUGGUAACAAAGAGAUCGCUAACCAAUAUGAGGUCAAGGGAUUCCCCACUAUUAAAAUCUUGAGAAAUGGAGGGAAGUCUGUUCAAGAAUACAAAGGCCCUCGUGAGGCAGAUGGCAUUGUCGAGUAUCUGAAGAAACAAAGCGGUCCUGCUUCUGCUGAAUUAAAAUCAGUUGAUGAUGCUACCAGUCUCAUCGGUGACAAGAAAGUAGUAAUUGUUGGGGUGUUCCCAAAAUUCUCUGGAGAGGAGUAUGAGAACUUUUUGGCUGUUGCCGAUAAACGACGUUCUGACUAUGAAUUUGGCCAUACUUUGGAUGCUAAGCACCUUCCACGUGGGGAAUCAUCAGUAUCUGGACCCCUAGUUAGAUUGUUCAAGCCAUUUGAUGAACUCUUUGUUGAUUCUAAGGACUUUAAUGUGGAUGCACUUGAGAAGUUUAUUGAGGAGUCUAGCGUACCCACUGUGACUGUCUUCAAUAAUGACCCAAACAAUCACGCUUUUGUUGUCAAAUAUUUUGACAGCCCCCUUGCCAAGGCAAUGUUGUUUGUGAACUUCAGCGGUGAAAGUGCUGAUUCCAUUAAAACUAAGUAUCAAGAAGUUGCUGAACAACACAAAGGAGAUGGUUUAGUCUUUUUGUUGGGAGACCUUGAGGCCAGUCAAGGUGCCCUACAGUAUUUUGGACUCAGAGAGGACCAAGUGCCUCUUCUCAUCAUACAGACUACUGAUGGAACGAAAUACUUGAAGCCAAACUUGGAGUCUGAUCAAAUUGCUCCUUGGGUGAAGGAUUACAAGGAAGGAAAAGUACCACCAUUUACUAAAUCUGAACCUAUCCCGGAAGCUAACGAUGAGCCAGUGAAAGUUGUGGUUGCUGACAGCCUUGAUGACAUGGUUACCAAAUCUGGAAAAAAUGUCCUUUUGGAGUUUUAUGCCCCUUGGUGCGGUCACUGUCAAAAAUUGGCUCCAAUCUUAGACGAAGUUGCUGUCUCAUAUCAAAAUGAUGCUGAUGUUCUUAUUGCAAAGCUUGACGCAACUGCAAAUGAUAUUCCAGGUGAUGCUUACGACGUCAAAGGAUUCCCCACUGUUUACUUUAGGUCCGCUGGUGGAAAGUUGGUGCAGUAUGAAGGAGACAGGACCAAGCAAGACAUCAUUGAUUUCAUUGAGAAGAACCGGGAUAAAGCUGUCCAACAAGAGCCAGCGAAGGAGCAAGAGCCAGCAAGGAGCAAGCCAGCAAAGAUGAGCUUUGAAAAAACAUGCUUAGCUAUGUAG